UAUAUAACAGCGCUAGGUUCGACGCGCGCUUCGCUUUCCCGUUUUGCCGAGCAAGAUGGGUGCAUCCAAGGCACGUGGUGAAAACUACCGCAUGGCGAAUUCUAACAAACGAAAGAAAAAAUCUAUUAAAGAUGAUAAUCUGGCUGAUCUUAAACAAGAACUGGAUAUGGACGAGCACCGGGUAUCUUUGGAGGAGCUAUAUUUGCGGUUGUCCACAGAUCCGACUAAUGGCCUCACAGCAGACCAAGCCAAACUUCGUCUUGAACGUGACGGUCCAAAUGCCCUUACUCCACCCAAAACCACCCCAGAAUGGGUGAAGUUUUGUAAACAGCUUUUUGGUGGUUUUUCUCUACUGUUAUGGGUCGGCGCUGUUCUUUGUUUCAUUGCAUUCUCCAUUGAAAGCAGCGCUUACGAAGAUCCCCCGAAAGACAACCUUUAUCUGGGCAUUGUCUUGACGGCUGUUGUAAUCAUCACCGGUUGCUUUUCUUAUUAUCAAGAAUCAAAGUCUUCACGCAUCAUGGAAUCUUUCAAAAAGAUGAUUCCACAGACCGCAUUGGUGAUUCGGAACGGUGUCAAACUAGAAAUAGCCGCUGAAUCCCUCGUCGUUGGUGACCUGAUUGAGGUCAAAUGUGGUGAUCGUGUUCCCGCUGAUAUUCGCAUCAUUUCUGCUAGCUCAUUCAAAGUGGACAACUCGGCUCUCACUGGAGAAUCUGAACCACAAUCACGUACUGCAGAGUACACCAACGAAAACCCACUGGAGACCAAAAAUCUGGCCUUCUUCUCUACCAAUGCCGUGGAUGGUGGUUGUCGCGGUAUCGUUGUGAGCACUGGCGAUCGCACCGUAAUGGGUCGUAUCGCCAAUUUGGCCUCCGGCCUACAAGUCGGACAAACGCCAAUUAGCAAAGAGAUCAGCCACUUCAUCCGAAUCAUCACCAGCGUAGCCGUGUUUCUCGGUGUCUCCUUUUUCGUCAUCGCUUUCAUCCUGGGCUACCACUGGCUGGACGCUGUAAUCUUCCUAAUCGGUAUAAUUGUGGCCAAUGUGCCCGAGGGGUUGCUAGCGACAGUCACCGUUUGCCUCACUCUUACUGCCAAGCGCAUGGCUAGUAAGAAUUGCUUGGUGAAGAACUUGGAGGCUGUGGAAACCUUGGGUUCAACUAGCACAAUUUGUUCCGACAAAACAGGUACUCUCACGCAAAAUCGUAUGACCGUGGCCCACAUGUGGUUUGAUCUGAAGAUCUUCGAUGCGGACACCACAGACGACCAGUCAAUUGCCAACUACGACAAAAGCUCACCCAGUUGGAUGGCGCUUGCUCGAAUCGCCAUGUUGUGCAAUCGAGCUGAGUUCAAGUCCGGUGAAGAGGACAAACCAGUCCUAAAACGCGAGUGUAACGGCGAUGCGUCCGAAUCGGCAUUGCUAAAGUGUGUCGAGCUGUCAUUUGGCGGAGUGACCAAUUACCGAAGGAUGAAUCCCAAAGUGGCCGAGAUUCCGUUCAACUCCACAAACAAAUAUCAGCUGUCUAUUCACGAAACCAACGAUGGGGACGAUCGGUAUUUGGUCGUAAUGAAAGGCGCCCCAGAACGAAUCCUCGAUCGUUGCAGUACCAUCAUUCUUGAGGGUAAAGAGCACCCGAUGGAUGAAGAUAUGCGUGAUCAAUUCAACAACGCCUACCUCGAGUUGGGAGGAAUGGGUGAACGAGUGCUUGGCUUUUGUGACCUCCGUUUGCCAAAAGAUGGCUUUCCAAAGGGUUUCACAUUUGACACGGAAAGCCCCAAUUUCCCCACCUCAAAUAUGAGAUUUGUGGGGCUUAUGUCAAUGAUUGACCCGCCUCGUGCUGCUGUGCCGGACGCCGUCGCCAAAUGUAGAUCCGCUGGCAUUAAGGUCAUUAUGGUGACCGGAGAUCACCCAAUCACUGCCAAAGCGAUUGCCAAAGGUGUGGGAAUUAUUUCCGAAGGCAACAAGACAGUGGAUGAUAUCGCUGCGGAACGUGGAAUCCCAGUUCGCCAGGUGAAUCCAAGGGAUGCAAACGCGUGUGUUAUCCACGGAUCGGAUUUACGUGAUAUGACGCCGGCUCAAAUCGAUGAGAUUCUCACUAAUCACUCGGAGAUCGUCUUCGCCCGUACCAGCCCUCAGCAGAAACUUAUCAUUGUCGAGGGGUGUCAGCGUCAAGGUGCAAUUGUCGCUGUGACUGGAGACGGUGUAAACGACAGUCCGGCGUUGAAACAAGCUGACAUCGGUGUUGCCAUGGGAAUUUCGGGUAGCGAUGUCAGCAAACAAGCAGCAGAUAUGAUCUUGUUGGAUGACAAUUUCGCAUCCAUCGUCACUGGUGUGGAAGAAGGACGAAUUAUUUUCGACAAUUUGAAGAAAUCAAUCGCCUACACACUCACCUCCAACAUUCCUGAGAUUACGCCAUUCCUGGUAUACAUUCUGGCCGAUGUACCCCUACCGCUUGGCACGAUAACCAUUUUGUGCAUUGAUCUCGGGACAGAUAUGGUGAGUACAUUUUUUUAUUUACUCUGUGCUGCUGCAUGA